AAGAAUAUCGAUUUCUAAUUAAUAAAAAUACUUUAAUUAUGAUUUUCUUUACAUUAUGUUUUUCCUUUCACGGUUUUCGAAAGAUUCAUUUUCAAUCAUACAUAAUUAUUCUCGGAAAAAGUCAUCUGAAGAAUAAUCUGCACCAUAGCAAGUAUUUCGCAAAGUCUGCUAUGAAGUCCGUUUAGAAUAGAGUCGUUUUGAAGAAUAGUUAAUGUCUUUUUGUUGAUGGGAGGAUUCAAACAAAAAUGUUGAUGCAAACGCAGAUGCAUCGUGGAGUUUUGGUUCGCUUUGUAAUUUGUUUCUGUUUGGUGAGCUUUACUGCUGCAAAAUGUGAUCCUGAAAUGUGUGGGUCAAUGAAGAUAAGUUACCCUUUCUGGAUUAACAAUGAUGCUUGUGGAUACCCUGGUUUUCAGAUCACUUGCGAGGACAAAGAUAUUGGUAUACCCUGGUUGGCUCCCUUCCUUUAUGGAACCGGUGUUGGAAAUGCUAAUCCCUAUGACACUAUUCUGGAGAUCGAUUAUACGGGUUACCUUGUCAUAAACUCUUUUAAGAUCUAUGCCACAUCGUGUAAAGCAAAUAGCAGUGGAGCAAGCUACUAUGAUCUACCUUCAGAUGGACCUUUCACUAUUUCAAACUCCAGUAGGUUCCUUGUUGUCGGCUGCAAUGCAUUCGGUACCUACAGUUUUGGGGGUUUGGGAAAGGUGGGCUGCGUAGCAAAAUGUGACUCUCAAAAUGAUCGACCAUACUGCCGCUACGGUUGUUGCGAAAUUAACCUUCCAAAUAAUCGGCAGUCGAUAAAUUUCACUGGCGGAGGUCUGUUUCCUUUGCUCGAUUCUGCUACCAACAAAUCUUAUAACGCGUGUGGUUUCUCCACCAUAUUCGACCCCUCCACCUUCAAGAUUCUCGGCAACAAAUCCAAUCGAUUUUUUGGGAAAGGAAGGCACGGUUCUUAUGGUCUACGCCUUAACUGGGGGAUCGGCCUUGAGAAUUGUUCCAUGGCUAAAGAAACUGCCAAUUAUUCUUGCUCUUCCAAAGCUGAAUGCAUUGACUCCCCUUCCGGAAAAGGAUACGUAUGCAGAUGUCUUCCUGGAUAUGAAGGAAAUGGUUACUUCAACGGCACAGAUUGUACAGACAUAAAUGAGUGCACUGAUAAGAAGCCGAAUAUGUGCGUUGGAGCAGAGGGAGGAGGAAUAUGCCUGAAUUCAGUAGGUUCUUACAGCUGUUCGUGUGCAAAGGGCUAUGUAGGAGAUGGCUUUCGAAAUGGGACAAGAUGCAUGUACACAAGUUCAAAUCGUGCCGUGUUUCCUGCCAUCAUAGGAUCUGUCUCUUCGUUUGUGGUUGUCUGCUUAGCAGCAUCUAUUGUGGUUUGGUGGCUUAAAAAACGCCACUUGAAACUUGUGGAGGCCAAGUAUUUUCAGCAGUUGCAACAACAAAUCGCUUCCAGAGUGGGCAGAGAAAACUUGAGAAUGUUUUCUGCCAAAGAAUUGGCAAGAGCUUCUAAUAAUUAUUCAAAUGAAAUGGUGUUGGGAAGUGGCGGCUUCGGAACUGUGUUUAAAGGCAUUCUAUGGGAUGGUACUCUCGUGGCCAUUAAAAAAUCCAAGCAAGCUUUGAAUCUAGAGGAUGACCAUGAGUUUCUUAACGAAGUUUCAAUUCUCUCCCAAAUAAAUCACAGAAACAUAGUGAAAUUGUUAGGCUGCUGCAUCCAUACUAAAUUUCCAUUGUUGGUAUCUGAAUUCGUUCCAAAUGGAACUCUGUUUGAACAUUUACACUCGGAGGAGAGUUCUUUGCCAUGGACUUCACGUGUGCAGAUUGCAAUCCAGACAGCAGAGGCUUUGGCAUAUCUACAUUCUGGAGCAUCUCAACCCAUUUUCCACCGGGAUGUAAAAUCAUCUAACAUUCUUCUGAAUGAGAGGCUCUCUCCCAAACUUGCAGACUUCGGGAUUUCUCGUCUCAUCUGCGCUUCCAAUAAGACACAUCUCACCACUAAUAUAAUGGGCACAAGAGGUUACUUAGAUCCUGAGUACUUUCAAACAUAUCAACUCACUGAGAAAAGCGAUGUAUACAGUUUUGGUGUAGUUCUGGUUGAGCUUUUAACAUCUCUGGAACCCAUCUCCAUAGAAAGAGUCAGUGACGAGUGGAAUUUAUCUAAUCUUUUCCUAUCCAGAUUUAAUAACAACCGCCUCACAGAAAUCUUGGACAGCAAAGUAUUGGAGGAGAAAAACCUCCAGCAGAUGAAAGAUAUGGGAAGGUUAGCAAGAGAAUGCCUUCAUUUGGAAAGGAGGAAAAGGCCAUUGAUGAAAGAGGUUGUCGAGGAACUUUUCUGGAUAAGAGGUGGGACAAGAAAAACAAAAUUCCAUGACAAUGUGAACUGUGACACUGCUAUAUUUGAGCAGACAACAAUUUCCAGAAAAGCACCACAAACUUCAUAUGAAUUCAGGAGUUACACUUUUCCAUCUGCAGUUGGGAGUCCGUCGGAGGAACCAUUCACUGCACUGAUUGAGAUGUCGACCCUGCCUCAACAGGUUGACAUCUAAGCGGAGCAUUUCUAGUCUAUGUUUAAUGCAAACUGACUCCUGAGAAUUAGGAAGUUGUACUCCAAACUUAUUCCUCAGAAAUAGGAGGUAUUACAAUUUUAUUUUCUCUGUUUAGAAAUAGCUUUAACUGGCUCAGGAACGUGGAUACUAAAAAUAGAUAGAGUCCUAUUAGAACUAAGUCUCUUGGUUAGCAAAGAGAGGGCUAUUAAGCUGAAGAUUGGUAACGAGUAAAGGGGAAUAGAGAGGAGAAUUAUUUUUCCAGUCUUUGUACAUAUUAUCAGAGUUAAAUGAAAACGUAUCAUCUGUAUUCCGUAUAAGGGUUCUUAUCUAUGCUUUGGUUUUGUUUGCUGAUAACCUUAUCUCUCUGCCUUUACACAUUGGAUGAUCUUCCUUUCCGAUUGCAUGUAUUUUUGGAAGGUAUGUAAUGAUUCAGAUUAUGGAUUGAGAAGAUGACCCUUUGCAUCAAUGUUGAAAUAUGCGAUUCCUUCCAAAAUACUGCACAUCUUGUUUAGUAACUUUUAUUAGUUACUGAGUUUUCAAAUGUAAUAUAUCAGCCAAAUCUCUUAAAAGUUUUUAAGAUCUGUAUAUACUGAGGAAUCAUGUAAUGUAUUUAUAUGAUCUUACAAUCAAGCGAUGCCUUCAAGAUCCUCGGCAAUAAAUCAAACGUUCUCCGCCUUAACUGGGGUAUCGGCCUUCACAAUUGUUCUUGCUCCAGUAACGCAUAAUGC